CCUGUUUUUUUUAAAAAAAAUAAAAAUAUUUUAUACAGGCUCUUGAGAAUGAGUGACACAUCAGAAAGAACCUCAUUAUUAGAUCGCCGUAGAUCUUCUAAAUUGGCAAAGAAUUAUAACACAGAAGAUACCCCAGUAUUGUCUAUACCAUUGCCAUCUCCCUAUCAAGAACAUGAUCCUCUCGUAUUUCCCACCUCAGCCGCAACAUCCAAUGAUAAUGGAUUACACAAAAAAUUUAAAUGGUUUAUUACGCGCACAGGGUCUUAUGACGAAGACAGACAAGGUUUGGUUAAAGAGAGUACCGGUAUUAGAGUUUGGAGUGAAUCCUAUUCAAGCAUAGAUUGGAUUCAUGAUCGAAUUAAGGAAGGUGUCCGAAAGCGGAGACUUCAAGAUGUGCCAGGUGUGAGAGGCGAGCUAUUAAAAGCAAGCGAUGCAUCGCAGGCAUGGAUACUCGUUAUAUUAAUUGGAACCGUGGUUGCUGCCAUCUCUUGGUUUAUUGAUGUUGUUCAAGAAUGGAUGUCUGACCUUAAACAAGGCUACUGUACAACAAACUGGAGACUAAACAGCAAAUUUUGUUGUUGGGAAAGCGAAGAAGGAGUAUGUGAUGCAUGGAGGACGUGGCCUCAGGCUUUUGAUGUUCAAGGGGAAGGAAAAACAUAUCAUACUGCAAUGAUCAUGUAUACUGUGCUUGGUCUGACAUUUUCAUUAAUUGCUGCUGCCAUGGUAAAAUUUACAGCAGAGAAGGUUACAGUGCGUAAACCCUCUAGACCCAUUCCCUUUUCAAAAUCUCCUUCUAUGGCAUCGAUUCCUUUUGAUUCACUCUCCUUUACCAGCAUCCGAGGAGAUCCAUCUACUACUGCCGCUGCUUCAUAUGAAAAAUUGGAACCACCCCAGUAUGAAACAAAGUAUGCGUACUACAGUGCAGGUUCCGGUAUUCCCGAAGUCAAAGUCAUCCUAGGUGGAUUUGUGAUUAAGGGGUUCUUGGGAAUUAAAACUCUUAUUGUCAAGAGUAUAGGAAUGAUUUUCUCCACAUCAGCCGGUCUCAAUACCGGCAAAGAGGGACCGUUUGUUCACUUGGCGUGCUCAGCCGGAAAUAUCGCCUGCAGAUUGUUUCCUAAAUUUAAUAAGAACGAGAGUAAAAGGAGAGAAAUAUUAUCAGCCGCAGCUUCAGCUGGUGUUGCUGUUGCCUUUGGUGCACCUAUUGGAGGCGUCUUAUUUAGUUUGGAAGAAGUCAGUUAUUACUUUCCAAUGAAGACCAUGAUUCGAAGCUACUGCUGUGCCAUGGUUGCUGCUAUUGUACUCAAGAUCUCAGACCCUUUUGGAACUGGAAAGAUUGUUUUAUUCCAAGUCUCCUAUGAUAAAGAAUAUCACUUAUUUGAAAUGGUUCCUUUGAUUCUAUGCGGCGCAUUCGCAGGGUUUUUUGGUGCAUUUGUGACCUACUUUAACAUAAAAUAUCAACACUUUAGAAAGUCAUCUGUUGUUGGUAAGUAUCCAAUUACUGAAGUAUUAUGCAUCAUGCUUGUUACUGCUCUUGUGAGUUAUUGGAAUCCAUUCUCAAGAAUGGGACUUAGUGCAUUUGCAGCAAAUUUGUUUUCAGAGUGUACACCUACCAAUGAUAACGGCGGUCUCUGCGCACGUACAGUUGCAGAAAUCCCAAACCUUCUUUAUUUACUGAUUACGACAUUGAUCAUUAAAAUGGGGCUGACUAUGAUCACAUUUGGAUGUGCUGUACCCGGUGGAAUUUUCUUACCUAGCCUUAUCAUUGGUGCGAUCACUGGAAGAAUAAUUGGUCUCAUUAUGCAAUAUCUCACACUGACCUACCCUGGUGCAUGGCCUUUUACUGCUUGUGAAUUGGAUCUUGCUACGCGUGGUGAAUGUGUUAUUCCAGGCGUGUAUGCAAUUGUGGGAGCUGCAGCUGGGCUUGCUGGUGUUACCAGAACAACAAUUUCUUUGGUGGUCAUCAUGUUUGAGCUGACUUAUUCCUUGACAUAUGCAUUACCAAUCAUGAUUUCUGUUAUGGUUGCCAAAUGGGUUGCUGAUGCAAUGUUUGUAGAGGGAAUCUAUGAUCUGUUAAUCGAUUUAAAGGGGUAUCCAUAUUUGGAAUCCAGAAGAGAAUACGUUCAUACCAUGACAAUUAUGGAAAUCACAGAAUACCUUUCCACCAUCGAUGCAGAUGAGCCCAUUUCUAUAGGUAAAAUCAAGCAUAAAUUAUCCAUCCUUGGUGCCAUGGGUUAUUCUGAAGAUGGCGGAUUCCCCAUUUUAAGUGAUGGCAAUAUCUUGGAAGGUUACAUCGCCACCUCAGAAAUUGUUCACUGUAUAGAACAAUUGGAAUUAACACUUACCAGUUCCGCGAUGACUGAAGCAGAAAUAGAGAAAGUACCAUGUUACUUUAACCGUGUGACAAAUUUAGAUCAUUCUCCAGUAAAUCAUGAUUUGAAGACACCCGUACGAAACUUGUUGGCACACGGUCAUGAUAAUUUGGAAGCUACCCUACCAAAACAAUCUAUGAAUGACUUUUCGCAGUAUAUUGAUCAUGCACCCUUAACAAUCAACCAAAAUGCGUCAAUGACGUUGCUUAUGGACAUGUUUACUAAACUCGGAGCAAGAUAUGUCUGUGUCACACACACAAAUGGCAGAUACCUUGGUAUCAUUCAUAAAAGAAGAUUACUAGCCUACUUGAAAGAAUUGGAUGAAGAGGAAUAAAUAAUAGACCAUGAUUUUUUAAUUUAAUAUUAAGAUGUGAUACCGAGUUUAUGGGUUUUGCAGAGCAGUAAAAAGGUGAAUGCGGGACCAAUCAGAAAAGUUCAUUUGUGUAUGACAGAGAGGGAC